AUGCGGCUAUCACAAGUAUUAAAUCGGCAACACAUUGACUUUAUGUUCAAGAAACAUUGGCGGGUACAAGGUAAACGCGUACCAAUCGAUACUGGACUCGAGGAACAGCUAAAAGCUAAAGGCAUUCCAAUUGAAGAUGCACUUGAAUUCGUCAAGGAGAAACCUCAAGAGCACGAACAACUCAAUAUAGUGGGACCCUACGAACGGCCGUUGCCACUGGAUGAAAAUCACCCUGCUUAUAAAAAACAACCAUGUUUCACCUUAAGGAGUACAAAUGUGCUCUUAGAAGGUAUAUCGCAAGCACAAGUACUAACCAAGACAAUCAUAGCCGAAGAUAAACUGCCACCUAAGAUUGAGGAACUGGCUCAGGUGCCCGCUCCAACUGCCAUUCACGAAAAUAUAAAGAAAGCCAUUCUAUCUGCAAAUGUAUUUGACUGUGAACAAAAGAAGUUGCCUAAACUCAAGGAUCGUGAAAGACCAGCCUACAACUUUCCUAGGGUAUUGGGUAUCACAGACAGAAGGCGCAAUGAAAUCCUAACAAACAAAUUGGUGCAACUGGUAGAAAAGAGCAGUGACAGUGAGGUCACAAUGUCCAGAUAUAUACUCAAUAAUGUUGAAAGCAAAACCGUUUUUGAGAAGGAAGAUGAUCUUAUACAGUUUCAAGAUAUUUCUCACAUCCUUGUAACCUGCAACAAGCCUGUGAAGCACGAUGUAGAGAAAGAUGUCACUUACAAUGAGAUCCCUGACCUACAUCCCAUUAAAUGCACUGUUACAUUACCACCUGAACAUUUCUAUGAAGAGGAAAGUAAAUACCCAAUAAAACCUACAGUAAAUGUGAGACACCCGCACACUACAUGGCUGCACUUCAACAAAACUGAAGUGAGCAACAUCUAUGAGACUCCGGUCACUGAACAGCAACUCCUUGGGAGAUCCCUCACACACGCAUUCACUGUUGCCAGCGCUUAUGCUAAACAACUACAUGGAGAGGAUGUAAAAGACCUACCAGAACCUAUAUACAUUAAUUGCAUACAAACAGAUGGUCAAAAAUACCAUUUUGGGGUUUUGGAAUUGAACACGUUGAAUGUAGAUGGAACUGAGGGCACUAAGAAUGUGUGGUACUGCAAGAACAACCUCCAAAUGUAUGGCUCCAGUCGUUACUUUGGUGGAAUGCCUGUCUUAGAGAAUUAUAACAACAAAGUAUAUGGGUACAUAAAUGCUUUAUAUAACUGUUAA